AGAGAGGUGUUCGAGUCGCUUCUGUGAAGCCUAACUCUGUUUGCAUCUCAUCUAGUCAGAAGAGUCGGGUAAUUGACUGGCGCAUUGAGACAUCUGCGCCAGCCCGGACCCGACCGUGGCUAGAGGUGGAAGAUGAACUCGCUGAACCUCUUGUCGUCUCGAGUCAUUGGUCAAUCUUCCAAUCCGAGCCGGAACCGCCAGCGAUCCCGUUCGCAGGACGAGACUCCUCCGUCGAGUUCCGCCGCCGAUCUUGCCAAUCUUCGCUCGUACAGUGGAAAUGACUUUCCCGCUGCCUUUUCCCGCGAAAAGAGUGGUGUCGAUGACGACCCCGGGGACGAGCAUGCCACGGACUCCCCGUUCGAUGAGAAGACCCCACUGGUUCGGGGCCUCCACAAGGACGGUUCCCUGGCGACGAGAAGCUCUUACGGAUUAGUGACGAGGCGGUUCUUUGACGCGAUUGCGGAAACUAUCAAAUUCAUUCUCUCUACGUUGGCUGCGCCGGGCAUCUAUGUCGCCCAGCUGUUUCGCGAUGAUGACGGUUACUAUACUCCCAUGGCCCCAGUGAGGAAACUCCGGCGGUCGCUCUUUGGUCCUCCGACAAAUGGUACAAGCCCUUCGAAUAGGGGUGCGAAAGCAGGUGGGCGGCGAAGGCCGGGCUCGGCGCGAAAGCUGAAGGGCCAUGCCUCGCGCGAUUCCAUCGUCUCCAGUACCUCCGAGUCCGAAGGAGACCAUCGUCGGGGCAUUCAGGGUCUCACCAGCAGCAAACACCGUCCGUCGAAAUCAAAACCGUCAAAUACUGAACAAGUGUCCGAAGAGAAUACCCCUCGACGUUCCAUUCGCAUCAAGUUACAUAAUGAAGAAGCUCUGAAGCAGCAGCGGCAACGUCGGACCCAGAGCGCGGAUCUCGGCCGGGCAUCACAUAGCCGGCAAGGGUCGCUGGACCCCGACAGUCUGAAAUCGCCCACCUCCUCAGCUUCCGUCCAUCGUGUCACCCGGUAUCCGCACGCGUCUCCGGUCCCGCCGCGGCCGUUGAUCCCUCCGCGGAUCCCAUCGUACCGGGCCGCUUCGCGCUCUACACCCGCUCCCCAGAAGACCCUGGUCCUAGACUUAGACGAGACCCUCAUCCACUCCUUGGCCAAGGGCGGUCGCAUGUCCAGCGGCCACAUGGUCGAAGUCAAGCUGGCUGCCCCGAUGACGACGGCCCUCACGCCCGGAGCCCCGCCCACGACGCUGGGACCGCAACAUCCCAUCCUAUACUACGUGCACAAACGGCCGCACUGCGACGACUUCCUGCGCAAAAUCUGCAAAUGGUACAAGCUGGUGGUCUUCACCGCCAGCGUGCAGGAAUAUGCCGACCCAGUCAUUGACUGGCUGGAGCAAGAGCGGAAGUACUUCCACGCGCGGUUAUACCGGCAGCACUGCACAUUCCGCAACGGCGCGUACAUCAAGGAUCUGAGUUCGGUCGAGCCGGACCUGAGCAAGGUUAUGAUUUUAGACAACAGCCCCAUGAGCUAUAUUUUUCACGAGGAUAAUGCUAUUCCCAUCGAGGGGUGGAUCAGUGAUCCCACCGAUAAUGGACUCCUCCACAUCAUCCCAAUGUUGGAAGCCCUGCAGCAUGUAACCGACGUGCGGGCAUUCCUAGCCCUACGACGUGGCGAAGCCGAGUCGUAGCGUGGAAUGAGGACGUGACGUACUAGAACGGAUGGAAUGAAGCAAACGAAGAUUAGAAAGAAAAGAAAAACUGAAAAAAAAAAAAAGUCAAAAAGGAAAACGAAAACCCAAACCCAUACAUACAUACACAGGCCCGGCUUUCAAUCACCAAUGUGUCUCCCCUGAAAGAUGAUUCAACCUCUAAUAAACGCAUUUCUCUCCUCCAUCAUCAUACCAAGUGAGCUUGAGCUGUGCGUGUGUGUUUCAAGAAAGCAUGAACGAAGUGCCUGUCUACUCUAGCAUUCCUUCAUCGUCAUACCCCCCUCUAUUCUAUAUCAUAUUUUCUAUUACUUGCGAUU